CUCGCAGCUCGCUGCACUCGUCCUCGCUGUCCUAUUGAUCCUCAACCGCAUCCUUCCUUAAGUUCUCUUUGUAAACUGCGAGUCUGUGACAGCCUCGACACCUAUAGCUACCUCUUCUCCCUUCUCCUCCUCCUCAUCGCAUUCCCAACAACCAGUCGCAAACUGGACACCAUCCAGCAUGUACCGUCGUCGCAAGAACGUGAAGUUCCUUACGCUCGGCAGACCUUGAGGACUACUACAUAGUAUACUGUAUAUCACCGCCGACGACCCACAACUCAAGGAACAAUAUCACGGCAACACCGUCAAGAUGCCAAUGCAGGUCUUCCACGACGCGUACUUUGAGGGAAAGAUCGAUCUUAACCAAGUCUUGACGGCCCUAGGGACAUCAUGGAGAAACGCCACGAUUGGUUGGUCAUGGACUCCAGAACUCUUUGAAUACGUCUUCAUGAACUUUCUCCCCGAGAUCAUCAUUACUCCUAGUCCCAAGACGAAGAAUAGGUCUAUGACCGUCGAGCAAUCUUCUAAUAUUUUCAUCGCUCUACUCAGUCAAACUAGGCAGCGCUUAACCAAGCUUUCUUUUCCUCACGGGCAUGACGGGUUCCUUGACCCACGCAUGAUCUACACCUCCGUGAUCAUCGCCAACGCUAACAAGGCCUCGAAGACCUCCAGGACAACAAACUCUGCCUCCUCUACUGGUGUCUCGUCUCCCUCACCUCUUCGCAUCCUGCUCAACACUCACCCCCAUUCUUCACUGAAGUAUACGGACACGACCCCCCGUUCAGCGCAUAUGGUCCGUUCUCCAAAUAGCCGGACGUCUGAUUGCUAG